CCUUCGUCAUCAUCAACUUAACUUAAACCUCAAAAUUCCAAAAUGAAACCAACAAGCUGUUCCAUGUAGAACUUCAAAAUCCAUCAAUGGAUCUCAUUAUUUCCCACACUCCAAACCCAUUUCUUCUUUCCUCAUCAUCACUAACUCCAACUCUUCAAAAUCCUAACUUUUUCACGUUAACCCCAUCCUUCAGUAACCGCAGAAAGCUCAAACUUCGAGCUUCAUCUACAGCAGACCCAAAUGGCGCUGAUGGGUCUUCUUGGUCACAGUCACUUGAACGCGCUUCGAAGCGGUUUUUGGUGAAAUUCGGAGAUAUGGUGAAGAAAGAAAUAGGUGUUGAUUUGGGAGAUGGUGUUGUGAAGGCAGGUGAGUUUGUGGAUGGUGUGAAGAAGAAUGUUGGAAGUGAGUUUCAAACUCUUUCGCUGUCCGAGUUUGUUGAAUGGAAUCGGUUCGAACAUUUGAAGGUAACUCAAAUCAAUUGCUUUUUAAUGAGAUUUUGUUGUUUAAUUUCAUUAGUGACAUGACAAACAAAUUGUUUGGGUUUGGUUGUUGGAUUGAGUGUUAGUUUAUUCAUAGGAAAUA